GGCAACCAUGGCCUUGCUGGGCAAGCGCUGUGACAUCCCUGCCAACGGCUGCGGGCCUGACCGCUGGAACUCUGCCUUCACCCGCAAAGACGAAAUUAUCACCAGCCUCGUGUCUGCCUUAGAUUCCAUGUGUUCAGCACUCUCCAAACUGAAUGCAGAAGUGGCCUGUGUCGCCGUGCACGAUGAGAGCGCCUUCGUGGUGGGCACCGACAAGGGGAGAAUGUUCCUAAAUGCGCGGAAGGAGCUGCAGUCAGACUUCCUCAGGUUCUGCCGAGGGCCCCCGUGGAAGGAUCUGGAGGCAGAGCACCCCAGGAAGGUGCAGCGGGGCGAGGGUAGUGGCCGGAGCAUCCCACAGUCCUCCCUGGAGCAUGGCUCGGACGUGUACCUUCUGCGGAAGAUGGUAGAGGAGGUGCCGCUGGAGGAUGGCGGGCGGGAAUCAAAGGCCCUAGUGGAGCUGAAUGGCGUCUCCUUGAUCCCCAAGGGGUCACGGGACUGCGGCCUGCACGGCCAGGCCUCCAAGGUGCCACCCCAGGACCUGCCCCCCAGCACCACAUCCUCCUCCAUGGCCAGCUUCCUGUACAGCACCCCGCUCCCCAACCACACCAUCCGAGAGCUCAAGCAGGAAGCACCCGCUUGGCCCCUCGUCCCCAGCGACCUGGGCCUGAGCCGGCCUGUGCCAGAGCCCAAGGCCCCUGGUGCCCAAGACUUCUCCGACUAUUGUGGACAAAAGCCCAUGGGACCUGGUGGGCCUCUCAUCCAGAACGUCCAUGCCUCCAAGCGCAUUCUCUUCUCCAUCGUCCACGACAAGUCAGAGAAGUGGGACGCCUUCAUAAAGGAAACCGAGGACAUCAACACACUGCGGGAGUGCGUGCAGAUCCUGUUUAACAGCAGAUAUGCGGAAGCCCUGGGCCUGGACCACAUGGUCCCUGUGCCCUAUAGGAAGAUUGCCUGUGACCCGGAAGCUGUGGAAAUCGUGGGCAUCCCAGACAAGAUCCCUUUCAAACGCCCCUGCACAUACGGGGUCCCCAAGCUGAAGCGGAUCCUGGAAGAGCGACACAGCAUCCACUUCAUCAUCAAGAGGAUGUUUGAUGAACGAAUUUUCACAGGGAACAAGUUUACCAAAGACCCCAUGAAGCUGGAGCCAGCCAGCCCGCCAGAGGAUACCUCUGUGGAGGUCUCUCGGGCCACCAUUCUCGACCUGGCUGGAAAUGCUCGGUCAGACAAGGGCAGCAGCAUCGCUGAAGAAUGUGGGCCAGGAACCUCUGGGGAGCUAAGCGGGCUGAGGCCGAUCAAAAUUGAGCCAGAGGAUCUAGAUAUCAUUCAGGUCACUGUCCCAGACCCUUCACCAACCUCUGAGGAAAUGACAGACUGGAUGCCUGGGUACCUACCGUCGGAGGAUUCUGGUUAUGGGAUGGAAAUGCUAACUGACAAAAGCCCCAGCGAGAACUCGAGGCCAGAAGAGAGGCCUGUGGAGGACAGCCAUGGUGAUGUGAUCCGGCCCCUUCGGAAGCAGGUGGAGCUGCUCUUCAACACGAGAUACGCCAAGGCCAUUGGCGUCUCGGAGCCCAUCAAAGUGCCCUACUCCAAGUUUCUGAUGCACCCAGAGGAGCUGUUUGUGGUGGGGCUGCCUGAAGGCAUCUCCCUCCGCAGGCCCAACUGCUUUGGGAUCGCCAAGCUCCGGAAGAUCCUGGAGGCCAGCAACAACAUCCAGUUUGUCAUCAAGAGGCCUGAGUUGCUCACCGAGGGAGUCAAAGAGCCCGUCAUGGACAGUCAAGAGAGGGACUCCAGGGACCCUCUUGUGGACGAGAGCCUGAAGAGACAGGGCUUUCAAGAAAAUUACGACGCUAGACUCUCACGUAUCGACAUCGCCAACACGCUAAGGGAGCAAGUCCAAGACCUGUUUAAUAAGAAAUAUGGGGAAGCCUUGGGUAUCAAGUACCCGGUCCAGGUCCCCUAUAAGCGGAUCAAGAGUAACCCUGGCUCUGUGAUCAUCGAGGGGCUACCCCCAGGAAUCCCGUUCCGAAAGCCCUGCACCUUUGGCUCCCAGAACCUGGAGAGGAUCCUUGCUGUGGCUGACAAGAUCAAGUUCACAGUCACCAGGCCUUUCCAAGGACUCAUCCCAAAGCCUGAUGAAGAUGACGCCAACAGACUAGGGGAGAAGGUGAUCCUCCGGGAGCAGGUGAAGGAGCUCUUCAAUGAGAAAUACGGUGAGGCCCUGGGCCUGAAUCGACCUGUGCUGGUCCCUUACAAGCUGAUCCGGGACAGCCCAGAUGCUGUUGAGGUCACGGGCCUACCUGAUGAUAUCCCUUUCCGGAACCCCAACACAUACGACAUCCACCGGCUGGAAAAGAUCCUAAAGGCCCGGGAGAACAUCCACAUGGUCGUCAUCAACCAGCUCCAGCCCCAGUAUGGCUGCUCAGUGGGGAUGCCUUUUCUCCCACCAGCCAAAGACAGCAGCAUUCCCAAGCGCAAGAGGAAACGGGUCUCUGAAGGAAAUUCCGUCUCCUCUUCCUCCUCGUCUUCCUCUUCCUCGUCCUCUAAGCCGGAGUCUCUGGCAUCCACCAAUCAGAUUUCACUCGUGCAAUGGCCAAUGUACAUGGUGGACUAUGCCAGCCUGAACGUGCAGCUUCCGAGACCUCUUAAUUACUAGACCUCAGUACUGAAUCAGGACCUCACUCAGAAAGACUAAAGGAAAUGUAAUUUAUGUACAAAGGGUAUAUUCGGAUAUGUAUCGAUGCCUUUUAGUUUUUCCAAUGAUUUUUACACUAUAUUCCUGCCACCAAGGCCUUUUUAAAUAAGUAAAAAAA